AUGAAGUUUGGUUGCACAAAACCAGUGUUGUUGACUUGUGCAAUCCUUUUGAUCCUCGUUGUUGCUCAAGAAAACAGAGUCGCAGCAGCGGUAGCGAAGUGCGAUCCAAUGCAGCUGUUCCCAUGCAAGGACGCCAUAAGCUUCGGCAUUGCGCCGACCAAGGAGUGUUGUACCAAGGUGGGGCAGCAACAACACUGUGUGUGCCAGUACUUGAAGGACCCUCAUUUCAAAUCUUUCCUUAACUCACCAAACGCCAAAAAGAUCGCCAAUGAUUGUCAUUAUCCUUAUCCCAAGUGCUAG